CCGAGGAAACAAUGCGGCGCCUCCGGGCGUAGCGCCGCGCGGGGCCGGACGCUGGACAUACGAGCCCGGGAGGGCGAUCCGGGAGCGCGUGCCGGCACGGGGUGCCCUCGUCGAGAGCCAUGGGCGCGACGCGGCGCGGGGCCGGAGCUCAGCGCGGCCCAGAGGCGCAGGGGGCCGAGGCGCGGGCCCGGGACCGCCUCUAGCCUGCACCGAGGGCGCGGGGCCGGGGAUGCGGGCGCCCGCCGCGGGGAGUCCGUCUGCGCGCCGCGGCGCCAUCCCGCCCAGCGAGCGAGCCCGAGCAGGCAGACGCGCGGCCGGCGGUCUGGGGGCGCGCCGCCUCCCGGCCCCCAAAAUGUGAAGCGGGGAGGGCGGGCACGCAGAGACGGCCGGGCCGGGCGCCCUCGCCGCCCUCCGGCAGUCGCGCCGCUCCCCUUCCCUGCCAGCCGAGGCCGCGCCACCCCGCGGGCAGCGGCCUGAGCAGCGAGACCCCGAGCCCAGCGCUCCCCGCCUGGCUCGGACUCGGCUUCGGCCCGCAGCGGGUUCGCGGCCCGGACUCGGUGGGACCCGGGCCCAGGACGGCGCGUCCGGCCUCUCCCGCGGCUGCUCGCCCAGACAAGUUUGAACAAUGAUCACAGUCAACCCCGAUGGAAAGAUAAUGGUCAGAAGAUGCCUGGUCACCCUGAGACCCUUUCGGCUUUUUGUCCUGGGAAUCGGCUUCUUCACUCUCUGCUUCCUGAUGACAUCUCUGGGAGGCCAGUUCUCUGCCCGGCGCCUGGGGGACUCACCCUUUACCAUCCGCACAGAAGUGAUGGGUGGCCCUGAGUCCCGGGGCAUCCUCCGCAAGAUGAGCGACCUGCUGGAGCUGAUGGUGAAGCGGAUGGACACGCUGGCCAGGCUGGAGAACAGCAGUGAGCUGCACCGAGCCACUGGCGACGUGCACUUUGCGGCAGACAGGCUGCCCCCUGGGGCCGGCCUCAUGGAGCGGAUCCAGGCGAUUGCGCAGAAUGUCUCAGACAUCGCGGUGAAGGUGGACCAGAUCCUGCGGCACAGCCUGCUUCUGCACAGCAAGGUGUCAGAAAGCCGGCGGGACCAGUGUGAAGCACCCAGUGACCCCAAGUUCCCUGACUGCUCAGGGAAGGUGGAGUGGAUGCGUGCCCGCUGGACCUCUGACCCCUGCUACGCCUUCUUUGGGGUGGAUGGCACCGAGUGCUCCUUCCUCGUCUACCUCAGUGAGGUCGAAUGGUUCUGCCCCCCACUGCCCUGGAGGAACCAGACGGCUGCCCAGGCGGCCCCCAACCCCCUCCCCAAAGUCCAGGCAGUUUUCCGGACCAACCUGUCCCACCUCCUGGAGCUGAUGGGCAGCGGGAAGGAGUCCCUAAUCUUCAUGAAGAAGCGGACCAAGCGGCUCACAGCCCAGUGGGCCCUGGCUGCCCAGCGCCUGGCACAGAAGCUGGGGGACACCCGGAGGGACCAGAAGCAGAUCCUGGUCCACAUCGGCUUCCUGACAGAGGAGUCUGGGGACGUGUUCAGCCCGCGGGUUCUGAAGGGCGGGCCCCUGGGGGAGAUGGUGCAGUGGGCAGACAUCCUGGCCACGCUGUACAUCCUGGGCCACGGUCUGCGGGUCACAGUCUCCCUGAAGGAGCUGCAGAGUAACUUAGGGGUGCCGCCAGGCCGGGGGAGCUGCCCGCUCACCGUGCCCCUGCCCUUCGACCUCAUCUACACCGACUACCACGGCCUGCAGCAGAUGAAGCAGCACAUGGGGCUCUCCUUCAAGAAGUACCGGUGCCGAAUCCGAGUCAUCGACACCUUUGGGACAGAACCUGCUUACAACCAUGAGGAGUACGCCACGCUGCACGGCUACCGGACCAACUGGGGCUACUGGAACCUCAACCCCAAGCAGUUCAUGACCAUGUUUCCUCACACCCCGGACAACUCCUUCAUGGGCUUUGUGUCCGAGGAGCUCAAUGAGACGGAGAAGCAGCUCGUCAAAGGCGGCAAGGCCAGCAACAUGGCCGUGGUGUACGGCAAGGAGGCGAGUAUCUGGAAGGUGAGCGGCAAGGAGAAGUUUCUGGGCAUCCUGAGCAAGUACAUGGAAAUCCACGGCACUGUGUACUAUGAGAGCCAGCGGCCCCCCGAGGUCCCGGCCUUUGUGAAGAACCACGGGCUCCUGCCACAGCCCGAGUUCCAGCAGCUGCUGCGCAAGGCCAAGCUCUUCAUAGGGUUUGGCUUCCCCUACGAGGGCCCUGCACCUCUGGAGGCCAUCGCAAACGGCUGCGUCUUCCUGCAGUCCCGCUUCAGCCCGCCCCACAGUUCUCUCAACCAUGAGUUCUUCCGGGGCAAGCCCACAUCCAGAGAGGUCUUCUCCCAGCAUCCCUACGCAGAGAAUUUCAUUGGCAAGCCCCAUGUGUGGACUGUCGACUACAACAACUCAGAGGAGUUUGAAGCAGCCAUCAAGGCCAUCAUGAGAACUCAGGUAGACCCCUACCUGCCCUACGAGUACACCUGUGAGGGAAUGCUGGAGCGAAUCCACACCUACAUCCAGCACCAGGACUUCUGUGCAGCCCCAGGCCUCGCCCUGCCAGGCAAUAAUGCCCCAAAGAGCCCCUUCGUCCUGGCCCCCAAUGCCACCCACCUUGAGUGGGCCCGAAAUGCCAGCUUGGCCCCUGGGGCCUGGCCCCCGGCACACUCCCUGCGGGCCUGGCUGGCUGCCCCUGGAAGGGCCUGCACCGACGCCUGCCUAGACCAUGGACUCAUCUGUGAGCCGGCCUUCUUCCCCUUCCUCAAUGGCCGGGACGCCUUCCUCAAGCUGCAGGUGCCCUGUGACAGCACUGAGUCGGAGAUGAACCACCUGUACCCGGCCUUCGCCCAGCCCGGCCAGGAGUGCUACCUGCAGAAGGAGCCUCUGCUUUUCAGCUGCGCUGGCUCCAGUACCAAGUACCGUCGGCUCUGCCCCUGCCGCGACUUCCGAGAAAGCACCAGCAGAUUCCAGGCUCCAGCCAUUCGCCCUCCCCGCAACUUCCCCGGGCCAGGAAGCAGGUGGAGAGAGCCAUGUACAGCGGCCGGAGGCGGUCAGUAUGACCCCUGCGCUCCUGGGACCCCCAGGCAGGCUCCUCGCUCCCAUCCUGGGAACUUGUGGCAACAACACGGCCAAGCAGAUGUUGUUCUGGACAGAGGGUCCCUUUGGCCCUGGAGCAGGUGGUCAGAGGUCCCUUGUUUUGUGAAAGGCCAGAUCUGGAACAGAUGGACAAAGGGCCCUGGGUAGGGCCUCCUGAUUUACAAGAGACAGGGAGGGAGAGGGGCUGCUGCCUCAUGUUCCUGGAAGGCUCUAAGGAAAGGCCCUCCUGACCUCCCGGAGAGUAAGCCUGGGCCUCACUUGCCCUGGGCAGGAACCUGUGAGGGAAGCCACAUGCACACAGGAUUGGCCUUGUCCCUCUGCAGUUGCUGGGGUGUAGACAGAGGGGCAGGGCCUGGGGGAAGGCAAGGCCAAGGACCCCUGCCCGUGCUGCCUCUCAGCUCCACCAUCCCUGAUCUCUCACCCUCCCAAUUUCCCGACUCCCCCACCUUCCCUCUGCACUUGGGGACCACCGUUAGGGAUGGGGAACCACCCUGAUCCUGGUUGAAUUGUUUCUGUCUCCUGCUUGUUCCAAUUCUCUUCACUUUGGGAUUCUCCCAAAACCCAUCCUGGUGUGACCUGUGAUUCCAGACCCUGGAUUUGUUUUCGAGGGGCGGGUUUCCACCCCAGCCUCUGAGAACAGGCUCUGGACACCCUGGCGAGGGUGUCCUUCCUGCACCAGUCCUCCACCUUCAUCCCCGCAGGCGCCCCCACCCCCAGCAUCUUCUGCAGAUAAGGGUUUGGGACAAGCCCAUGGCAUGCCACUAGCCCCAGGCACCCCCUACCCCUUUGACGCUGCGCUCAUGUUCUGGCUUCCUCCAGCCUCAGUCCACUUCCAGAUCCACCUGUCUGUCUCUGUGUGGCAUGCCUGCCCGUCCCCAGGGUGCCCCUCCCCUCUGGCCCAUGCCCAGAGCCCUGCCUGACCCUCAGGUCAGGCUUCAGAACACUGCCACCCCCCAAUUGUAUAAUCCGCCCCCUCUCCAGGCAUCCCCCCCACCAACCCAGGCCUAUUCCUCCACCCUCCCAGGGAGGCAGCCCCAGAACCCAAGAGUUAGUGGAGGGGGCCGGGUCCCAGGGUGGGGCUGAAGGUUAGACACUCCCCGUGAAGAGCCCACCAGCCCAGGCUGCCCCCGAGGCUGCAGGAAGCCAGGACUGCAAGAAACUGGAUGGUUCCCAAGGACUGACCUGUGGGGGAAAGCAAUAGAGACACUCUUUUCUCUCUCUUUUUUAAAAAUUUAUUUCUUGAGAUAAUAAAUAUUUUAUUGGGAUGUGAG